AGUUUAUAAAUCUUAAUGGCAACGGCAGAGAGCGUUCUCCAAGGCGCUACCACUGGGACAGUCGGUUCCGAUUUAUCGGGAUCGGCGCAACCACCUCCGAUCCGCCCACUUAUAAGGACAGAUUCUCGGCCCAAUUUUGCACCACAAGCGAGAGCUGCAGCUCCUCAGCAAGGUCAACUUCGACCUAAUUUUCAGCCCGGUGGCUUAAUAACUGGGCCACAGUCACUCGGACCUAGAAGUGGCGUAUCAGCACCUAGGAAUUCGGUUCCUUCAAGUCCACUGGGACCUCAACAAGUAAGGCCUCCACCAUUGCGGCCCUUUGGACCACAAUCUAUUGUCUCUCAACAAGGUCCAAGACCUCAGUCACCAACGCUUAGAGCUCCUCCUCCGAACAGUUUGCAAUUUGGUCCCAGACAACCUGUCAGCGGGAAUAUAAUAACGCCCGACAGCAACAGGCCUCUAGCUACCCAAUUGCCCAACGGGGCAAACAAAAACGGAGCACCGCCAGGGCCUGGGCAACUUCCUCGGCAACCCUCGCAGGGAGCUGAAUCUUUCGGAAUAAAUAAGAAUAAAGUCGUCAACCUGGAGAACCAAAGCGAUAAUAAAAAUGAAAAUCAAAACGGAAAAGAAGCAGAUAGCUUUGACGCGCCGGGGAUGGCCAAAGGACGAAGUUAUAGUAUUGCUGCCGCUCCUGGUGCACCAAGCCCGCUUAAAGCAGAAGAUGAUCGACGCAAAUCGGUUAGCGCCAUAGGUGGUAGAUUAGAUGAGUUUGGCAUUCGAAGUCCGGGUCUUGGGCUGAUACAAGAGGGAAAAGAUAGUAAGGACAAUUUGCGUAGUUCAAAGGAAAGUAUUCGAUCUGUGUCCUCAAAUGAUGGAGCUAAAGAUGUUGUUGAACGUCCUGAAUCGCGGUUGUCAGCAACGAAAAUGACCGAUUCUUUUAUUGGGUGUUUUCCUGCUGCAACAGCCAGUAAGAAGGUAGAUGAUGACGAUGAUGUGAUUUCACAAAAUAAUGGAACUAGUGGAAAUAUUUAUAUUGAUUCUGCUAAAGCUCCAGCUAAAGAAGAUUUAUCUGAACGUUCGCCUUCACUGACUCGCAGUGAUGAUUCUCCUGAGCCUAAGCAAAAUUUAUCACAAAGCUCUAUUUCAAAUAAUAAAUCGCAAACUAUUACACCGGAGCCGCAACGUCCAAAAACUCCGAAGAAUGAAAUUAAAGCCGUAACACCGACGCAUAUUAAAUCUCAAGUGAAUAACGACCCUAAAUUUGUUGCCACUCCGACUAAAGUUGCACCUAAGUCACCAAUCCCCGAUACAAAACCACCGAAAUCUGCGACGCAAAAACCAAAUGAGCUUAACACGUCUAUUAUAAGUUCUGAUUCUAAGAAAUCAACACCUCAUAAGUCCGCAUCGGCUCCCAAAUCGCGUCAAAAAGAGGGAGAUAACGACAGCGGAGUUGACGAAUCUACACAAGGAAAUGAUCUCAAUGGAUCUCCUAGCUCUCCGAACAAGAAAAUCGUAAACAAAACGCCAACAAAAGAAAAAUCGAGUAACAGUCUUAGGGCGAGCCUUUCUCGAUCAUCGAGCAAGAGUGCAACAGCCAAAACUCCAGAAAUUCCUACCCCGACCGAAAAGAAAAAAGUACCGAUGAAUAAAGUUCAAGUUGGGAAUGCACCGUCGCCAAAUUUAAAAGCCGUGAAAUCUAAGAUAGGAUCUCUGGAUAACGCCACAUACAAACCCGGGGGUGGUAAGGUUAAAAUAGAGAACAGAAAACUGGAGUUCGGAAACAUCACACCUAAAAUUGCGGCUAAAAACGAAGCGUACACUCCUAGUGGAGGAGCUAAAAAGAUUGUCACUAAUAAACUGGAGUGGAACGCAAAAUCGAAAGUCGGUUCCCUCCAGAACGCUUCUUACAAGCCCGGCGGCGGUGAUAAGAAGAUCGAAACAGUCAAGCUAGAUUUCGGCGAAAAGGCAAAAUCGAAAGUUGGCUCCACAGCUAACAUCACCCACAAGCCCGGCGGUGGUGCAAUCAAGAUCGAAAACCAAAAAUUGGAAUUCAAAGCUCAAAGUAAAGUGGGUUCCUUGGAUAACGUAAAACAUAAGCCAGGAGGUGGAGACAUCAAAAUAUUUGAAGAUAAAGAGUAUAUCAAGCAGAUGACUGGGCAGUCGCCAUUGCCAACAAGUCGCAGUCACUCACGGCAGGAGGUGAGAGGGCUUGAAGCCAGAAGCAGGCAUUUUGAUCAUGGCGUUUUUUGCUUUCUUUGUUUUCUUGGUGGUGGUUAAUCACGACCUCAUACACUUCGUCAUUUUUGUUUCAGCCAGAAUAUUUGUACAAGUUUUAUUGAUUCAAGAGGUAUUCGUUUUUCUCUGCGAAACUUGCAACUCAUACAUUCAUUUUUGUUUUUCUGUUUGGUUUUCUAUUGCUCUUGUGUCUAACAUAGCGUUUUGUUUUUGGUUUGAUUUUGAAUACGUUUUGUUUUAUAAUGUUGUUUACGUGGUGAUUGUUAAUUUAUUUUUUCUGCUUUAGAGUCCACUUCCACCAGCUUCACAGCUGCCGAAAUCGGACGAAAACUUGAACGAAGAGCAGAGUUAAAUCACUACCAGAAAGACUUCGCAUUUUCAUCUAUAUUUUAGUCAUAAAAUGUACUAACAGUCUAAUAUUCAAUUAGAGUCCAUUGUGUAUGUUUUCUGUUUGUUGAAUGUAUUGAUAUUAAUUAAUGUUUGUUGAAUGAAUGAUUUUUGUCAAAAUUAAAAUAGAUAAUGUCAAUAAUUUGUGCAUAUCCGUUUAGCGUCUAAAUAAGUUUGGAUUUUGUAAGGAAGGUAAAAACUGUUUGAUCUUUGAUUACUUUAGUUAAUAUGUACUAAUUACUUUAUUUUUACUGUCAAUAUUACCUAACCAUUAUAUUACAAGAGUGCCAAUUUACUGUAUGUUAGAAAGAUUGUAUUUUAUUGGAUUAUAUAAACAAAGCUAUAUAACUUGUCGACAAAUUAUAGUCUCCUUUAAUUUUCAUUGUGUUUUACUUUGUACAGAGGCAGUAAAUGCGAUUUGCACCUUAUCAAUGUAAACAGCAACAGUAAUAGACGAGAGUAGAGACACAGACUAUUAAUAGCAAUUUCAAAUUGUAACGUGCUUGAAACUAAUAUUGAAUUGUACGUUAUUAUCUUAUGCAUAUUAUUAUAUUAUUAGAGAAGUUCUUUUUUUAAUUUUUCGUUAAUCCCGAAUAGCGUAAAAUUGCACCUUUGUAUUGUACCUAGGUUUUAUUAUUUGGGUAGUAGCCGUUUGAACAGAGUUCUCGACACAGCCCACACGCGAGCAAUGAAAUACAGUAGUUAUUGGUAUUAAGUUAGUUGAUCAAAGUUAGCUUUUUUACAGCUUUAAAGCUCAUAGCGUUGAAUAAGUUCGCGAAAACUAUUUUUUUCGUUCGAUAGCUGUGGCAAGAACAGAAGGGGCUCGAGAUGGACUGACCAGAUUAAUAGAAUUUAAUGUUUUUUAUGAUUCUAGAAGUACGUGUAAUUAGUAUUAGGUAGUAUUUAUUGAUUCGAUGUUUAAAUUAGUCACAAAACAAUAUGUAACCUAAAUUUUCCUUUGAGAAUGUAUGUCACUUGUAUCGCUGAACUAUCUAGCUUUGAUAAAAUAUUUUUUACCGCUUCGCAAUUACCAUUUACAUUGGCAACGUAGAUAUUAACUGUAGAAUAGAAAAAACAAUUGAUUCGAACAUACGUACGUAUUACGGUGAUUAUUUAAUACAGUUUAACAUCAAUAAAA